AUGACCGACGGCCGCGUGGCGGCGGCCACGCCCACGCCGCAGAGCACCAUGACCUUCGGGGGCGAGGCCGCGCCGUCGCCGGCGGCGUCGCCGCGGGUGCCGGCCGCGGGCAGUGCCGCGAGGCCCCCGGAGCAGCCCCGGGUGAACAGCAUCCCCUCCUUCUCCACCGUGUGGACCUCCGCGGAGGAGAGGGGGCUCCACACCGUCCGGGACCUCCGCGCCUCCGCCCUCAUGUCCGUGCUGCGCGUCUACCACGUGUGGGUCUUCAUCAUGGUCAUCGUGGUGAUCAUCGGCAUGGCCACCUCCACCUUUCUCAGCCUCUUCCUGCAGCUCAGCCCGGCGGCGCGGCUUCGGGGGGGGGGCACGUGGCGACGCGGGGGAGGGGGCCCUCCGGGGAUGCCUCUCAGAAGUCCCCCAGGGCCCCUCUGA